CACACGCAGACGUUCCCAACGAUCGGACCAAAAACAUAUUCAAAUCGUGCAAAUCUCAUAUAUGACAUUUUUGUGUGAACUUCUCUGAAAAGAAUACUUUAUGUUUGCUUUCAGAACAACGAAAUAUCAGCUCGUCAUUUUCGAGGAAAUCAAGUUCAAGUGGUGAAAUUAAAAACAAUAAUGAGUUUGCGAAAGUGAUUUGCGCAAACAAAUAAACGGACAAUCGGUUAUUGAAUCACUCAAGGACAUUUGAUAAGCAUCCUUUCGCAAAAGAUUGCAAACAAUGUGCUAAAUUAUUCAAGCAAUUAUUUGACAAUGGAUUAUUAAGUUGGACAAAACUGAACCAAAAGUCUAAAAUAUUGAACAUGCAUCAUUCAAGCGUAUAAGUGGUUGUUAUCUAAAGCAAAAGUAAGCCCAUAAACGUUUUAAAAGUGCUAAAAAAAGGCUAUAAAACGGCAACAAUAAGUGAAACUAGCUGCAAUUCUAUGAGUUUUGUAAACCUGAAAGCCGGAACAAUUGAUGUUUUAAUGCUGCCAAAUAGAUAGCAAUCAGCCCCAGCCAAUAAAACAAGAGUGAAACCAAAUCCAGAUCCAGAAGAUCAUAAGAUCAUAUAUAUAACACAUCUCGCAAUUUGAAAACUCAAAAGAAGUCAAGAGUACAUAUUCAGAAAUGGCCAAGUACUUCAUAACCCUGGUGUUGCUGGUGUGUCUGGCCCUGGAGAACAGGAACGUAUACAAUCGCCUCCACGCCCGAUCCCAUCCGAGUUCCCGCGGCGACAUCCUGCGUCCGCAUCCCAAGCACCAGUCGCAUCCACACGUGCAGCACACCUCGCAGCAGCUGCAGCAGCAGCACCACAUCCGGCAGCAGCGAUCCCGCCAGCUGAAGCACCUGGAACCGGAUCCGACCAGCGAGGAGGACGAUGCGCCGAUCACCAAGCAGGAGUACUAUGCCCGCCUGAGACGCCACGUCAUCCAGAAGAGGCAGCAUGAACUGCAGCAGGAGCUCAGCUACAACCACCCCGGCUCCCAUUCGCAGCAGCUGAAGGUGCCCCGCCUGUGGCAGCAUCUCAUGGAGGAGGAGGAGAAGGCACACCGACGUGGAAGUCCACCCGUGGAGUACCCCAUCAUGUACGGCGAUGCGCCUUCCCUUUCCUCCGAUGACCAGUUCGAUGAUCUGUCUCCCUUGGACUUUGUGCGCAACGAACUGAUGGCCGAGGACCAGAAGGAUCAGGAGCAGGAUCUCGAUCUCGACCUGGACCUGCCCCUUGACCAAGAUCCAAAGCCGGAAGCGCCCAUAGAGCUCGAACCCCAACUGGGUGAGCGGAACAUCACCAUUUCGGUGAAGUCCAGCGGCGGUGGAUGCCCCAAGUGCGAGAGCAGCCGCCAGGUGGAACACAUCACCGAGGAGCAGCUGACCCACUUGCGCAUCGAGUUCGUCAAGCAGCAGAUCCUGGAGAAGCUGCGCCUCAAGGAGAGCCCCAAGGUGUCGGCCGUGGAGCUGCCCAAGCCCAUCUUCGACGGCAUGACGCUCUCCCAUCCGGACGACAGCACCAAGAACAAGGAGCUGGACGACUACUACGCUCGCACUAGCAAGAAGUUCAUACUGCUCAAUAGAGAGGAAGUCGAGUGCAAUCGGGCGAGAGAUGGAAAAGCCAACCCGUCCAUGUGCUUCACCUUCAAGAUAGACGAUGCAGAUGCCGAGGGCUUCGACGUGAGCACCGCCGUCCUGUGGCUCUUCAAGAACAAGCAGAACCGCACCGGCAGGGCACCACUGAAUAGCACCAGUACCCAGCAGACGAUCGUCGUCUCCGAGGUGGAGGUGGAUCAGCAGAAGGACUCCAAGUAUUUGACGGCGGCCAAGACGAUAGCCAUUCAGUCGGUGAAUGUGCAAGAUGAGUGGAUGAAGAUCGACAUUGAGUGGCCCAUCAAGCACUGGAUCAGUGGCCACGAGCUGAGCCACCUCAUCCAAAUCACCUGCGGCGGCUGCGAUGUCAGCGACAUGGAGGAGAUCAUCUCGGUGGACAAGGACUACCGGCCGUUCAUCGUGAUCGAUAUGCAGAACCGGCGGCGAAAGAGUCGCCAGAAGCGCAGCAUCAACUGCUCCAGCGGCAUGACCGAGUGCUGUCGGGAGCAUCUGUACAUAUCGUUCCGGGAGAUCGGCUGGAGCAACUGGAUCUUGAAGCCGGAGGGCUACAAUGCCUACUUCUGUCGCGGAUCCUGCAGCUCGGUGGCGAGUGUUACGCAAGCGGCCUCCCACCACAGCUCCAUAAUGAAAAUUCUCUCCACAAGCGGUGCUAACAAGUCGCUGGAGUUGGUGCCCUGCUGCACCGCCAAACAGUAUUCCUCGCUGCAGCUGGUCGUGAUGGACUCGAGCAACACGGCCACGGUGAAGACGCUGCCCAACAUGGUGGUGGAGUCGUGUGGCUGCAGAUAGAGCGGCGGAUAGGAUUAGCCAUCUUACACUUAUCGUAUCGGACAAAUUAGACAUAGUCUCCAUUUCGCUCCAUCUCCAUUUCCAUUUCCAUGACCGUUUCCGCCAGCAUUCAAACUACAUUUCUCUUCAACUAAUUUAAACUCAUUGCGCCAGGCAUUUAGACAUUAGCGUUGUCAUUUAAUCGUAGUUACCUGUAGUGCAUGUGCUGCCACUAGCUGUAGUUUAAAGCUAAAGUCAAUGUACUUAAGCUCUCGAAGUAUGUAUGUAGGUAGUUAGCAAAUAGCUCCAAUUAAUUUAAUAGCUAUCUUUAAACGUAAUGUAGUGAUUUUCAUUGUUUAAGUAGCGUGUAUUGAGUUAUUAGCAGAAAACAUGAAAGCCGCAAAAUAAAACAUAAUUAAAACAUGUAA